CCAUAACCUGCAUGGAACACUGCAUAGGCAACAGGGAUAGAACCACUAGGUUGGAGACUAGAUUGGUAGACACUGCAGUGUGAAGACUGAUACAUACCUAUCUUACAAGACCAGCUAAGGUUACAUGUGUAAGCUGGCUUUGUUUCCUCAUAUUGUGUCAUACUAGGAGCCUAUAGCCCAUGUUCUUCAGCGUUUUGAUAGUCUCCACCAGAUGUCUGUGAUAACUUUCGACGAACCUCGUUUAGAAUAGCACGAACCGGACAAGGUGGAUGGCCUAGUGCGGCCCGAGGAAGGAUCUACAGGGAGCUUCGGAACGAGCAUACAUGUAGAUAUUUACUAUGUGACGCGAUCGUGUCUCAGGGUUGAUGACCCGAGGAUUCGACCAGAUAGAUAAACGCCUUCCUAUUCCCCCCAAGUUGUUGUUUUUGGGACUCGGUUCACCAGCCUCUUGCCUCUUUCCAAUAUUUAUUCUGACCAAGUUAUCAUUUUUCCAACCAUGCACAAAAGUACAGGAGUAGCAGCUCUCAGGAGUUUGCGAGGACAGUUACUUACGAUUCCGGACUUGAGGCCCGUUUACGCAAACUGGACUGCUGGGCUCAGCCCCUAUUGUGAUGAGCUAAGGGCAUUUGUUGAAGAGAACAUAAACAAGUAUGUCAAAGACGAAAAGGCCAAGAAAAAGACAAAGGCCAUCGAUCUCGGCUGGUUCGCCUCAUUGACCUAUCCAGAUGCAGAGCUGGAGCAAUUGAAAACGAUAGCUCUAAUGUCUAUGAUCUUUUUUAUCUUUGAUGAUACAAUCGACAAGGAGAUUGAGGACGAUACACCAGAUUUCGCUUCUGACUUUGACCUUGCCACCAAGCUUAGACAGGAGUCGAUAGCUUGUAUGCGAUAUCUAUUCUCACAGGACGGUUCCAAGGCCAGCUCUAACCGCCGAGCUCCUCGUGUGCCACAGGAGUUUGCGAGUAUCGAGGCAUUUGCGCCUAGAGUGACAGCGGCUACUCGAGGUCGUAUUGAUCUAGACAAGCUUGGCGAUGACUUUCAAGAAUUCAUCGAAGCCAACGCUAUAGAACAAGCCUUCCGGCUCUCAGGAAACUUGCCUGACAUUAAGGAGUACUGGUCUUACCGCCAUGGCGUCGGCGCAGUUUUCCCCUAUUGUACUAUGAGUCAAUAUGUGCACAACAUCGCUUUGCCCGAUAGUCUUGCUUGGUGUGAAGAGGUACAGAUCAUGCGUCUAGAAACAAGUGCCCAGCCUCUGAUUUGCAACGACUUGUACUCGCUGAAGAAAGAAAUGUACGAGGACACACCGACAAACCUGGUGCCCAUUAUGAUUGCGGAAUCUGGAAAGUCGUUGGACUCGGUAGUUGAAGAGCUCGUACAGGGAAUGUAUGCUUCAGCCCAGUCGUUUGAUACUGCGGCUGCCUCUCUCCGAGCUAAAGGGCUUGAGUACGAUGAGAAAGUUCAAGCGCAGCUUGAAAAGUUCAUCGGAGCAUUUGAAAGCUUUCAGACUGGAUGCUUUGAGUUUUUCAUGAACUCGAAGAGAUUUGGAGUCAAGCAAUACAAACAAAAGGAUGGAAGUUAUAUCAUACCAUUGUAAAUAGUGUAGCCACCUAGACACGCUCAAACCUGAUUAGUCAGAGAAGAAGUUCAUCACUCCAUUGAAUUUAAC